AUGUUUGUUGCAACAUCAGGCGGUCGACUUUCGUUUUUUGUGAUAAUUAUCUUAUUAGAUUUCAUAUUAAUCAAUGCUGCAGGAUUAUACAUAAAGAACUCAACUACGGCUAGAGAUGGAAUUUCUUCAGUUACGAAAAAAGAAUGCGGCAUUGACUUAUACAAUGUUAAUGGUACUUGUACUAAAUGCCAAAAAGGAACUCGGGGGAAUAACUGUUCUGAAAAAUGUCAAGCCAACAUGUACGGGGAAUCCUGUUUAGAGAAAUGCGACUGUCAACCACAGCAAGAAUGCAAUUACAUACAUGGCUGCAUAGAUUCCGGGGGGAUAUGCAGUCAUAAGGAAAGCGAUGAUAUAAUUUGCUGUGAUAACUUUAUACUGACAAAUGGACAUUGUAAAGCUUGUCCAUUGGGGACUUUUCGGACGAAUUGUUCUCUGGAAUGUCCUGACGGUUAUUACGGUAUGUUUUGCAAAGCAAAGUGUGACUGCAUAACGUCAGAAUGUGAUAAAGCUGUUGGAUGUCCAAAAAAAGGAUUAUACGUACAGAACUCAACUACGGCUAUGGAUGGCAUUUCUUCAGUUACGAAAAAAGAAUGCGGCAUUGACUUAUACAAUGUUAAUGGUACUUGUACUAAAUGCCCAAAAGGAACACGGGGAAAUAACUGUUCUGAAAAAUGUCAAGCCAACAAGUACGGGGAAUCCUGUUUAGAGAAAUGCGACUGUCAACCACACCAAGAAUGCAAUUAUAUACAUGGCUGCAUAGAUUCUUGGGGGAUAUGCAGUAAUAAAAGCAGCGAUGAUAUAAUUUGCUGUGAUAACUUUAUACUGACAAAUGGACAUUGCAAAGCUUGUCCAUCGGGGACUUUUAAUACAAAUUGUUCUCUGGUAUGCCCUGACGGUUAUUACGGUAUGUUCUGCAACGAAAAGUGUGACUGCAAAACGUCAGAAUGUGAUAAGGCUACUGGAUGUCCUAAAAAGGAUUCCUGGGGUAUAUGCAGUAAUAAGGAAAGCGAUGAUAUAAUUUGCUGUGAUAACUUUAUACUGACAAAUGGACAUUGCAAAGCUUGUCCAUCGGGAACGUUUUGGACAAAUUGUUCUCUGGUAUGUCCUGACGGUUAUUACGGUAUGUUUUGCAAAGAAAAGUGUGACUGCAAUACGUCAGAAUGUGAUAAGGCUUUUGGAUGUCCUAGAAAAGAUUGUCGACCGGGAACAUAUGGAGAAAAUUGCUUUGGUGGUUGUCCUGAUGGAUUUUACAAUUUGUUUUGUAAUUAUGAAUCAUACAGAUAUAUUUUUUGGAUAAUUCCAAUUGUUCUUGGAACAGUAAUUUUCAUCAUGGUUUGUGUCUGCCGAAGGUGCCGAAAGACCAAACCUAGAAGCUUUGUUGAUAUCUCAACGUACCCGACUCAAAAGAAUAAUAGUACUCAUGAUGACUACGAUCACCUUGCAUAUGCAUGGAAUAAUUGCAAUAACAAUACACAAGACAGAAGCAAAAUUAGCAAAACAGCUUUGGAGACUAAGACAGGAGAAGCAGAGAUGUCUAACAGAAAUAUGGAAGCUGGUUUUUACAAUACACUGAAUCUACGUGUUUUUGAUAAUGAGGAACACCGGCCUCUUAAAAGAUCCCGAUCUGAAAGCUCUUCCUUGUAUGUUAAAAGCUCGAUUCCUCUUGAACCUUCAGCUUUUUGCGCUAAGCGAGUAUUAAAUUGUAACAGGACCUCGUCUCUUAGACUUACAAAGAGCACUGACAGAAAUGGAAAGGCUGAAAAGGGUAUUACUAAAACUAACAAGAACGACGAACCUUCUUUAAAUUUUUAUGUUUAUGAUUUGGCAACCUUUCAAGAUAAAAGCAGUGUAUCCCAAAGACAACUAUUUCUAGAAGAAUUGUCUUCACAUCAUUUAUAUUUAAAGAAGUAUUAAGAUAUGUUCUUGGAUCUGAAAAAAAUGACUUUUAUUGUCUUUAACACCUUUGGGAUACAAAUGUUGCUUACAAACCGAAACCUCAGUAUUCCAUUGAGAUGUAGAAUUUUAGCUACGUUGUUUCGCAAAUGAUAGAAAAAUGAGGAAAUUUGGGGGGAAAUCAACUUGUAUUAAUAAAAACGUGAGGCCCAGUUGUAUUCAAAUUUAGGGCAUAAGGGUAUUUAUAGCUAUUGCACUACAUAGAUAAACACCCACUAUGGUGAUAUAAAUGACUUCACAUUGGUUUAUCUCCAUACUGUAACGUAUUGUUAUUAAGAGUAAAAGUC